UAACUCAUCGCGCUGGACGAACGAAUGCUUUGCCUUGCUCACUCGAUCAACUGCCAGGAUGGCCUCGUCGCUGGACACCAUCUUCGGGUCCGCCCUUGUGGGCAUCAUGAUUGCUGCUAUGGUGUAUGGCAUUCUCGUCUCGCAACUGUUCGUCUACUUCAGGCGGUUCCCUGAUGACCCUAACUGGAUGAAAGCACUGGUCGCCGGUCUUUGGGCCGUCCUGUCUUUUCUUCUCGCAACCAACAUCCACAUGAUCUACGUCUACCUGAUCAAGGACUGGGGCAACACUCAGAAGCUUGCCUACGCAACAUGGGACUGGCUGCUUUACGUCGCUUGCACUAGUGUCGCUUCGACAGGAGUGCAAAUGUUCUUCGCCCGCAGGAUCUUCAUUUUGUCUCGACACUGGAUCUUCCGCUGGGUUACUUCAGGGAUCGUUGUCAUCUUGAGUCUGAUACAGUUCGUUGUCGGAUUCUACGCCAUGGCAGAAUGUUACCGCCUCAAGAAGUUCCUGACCUUCAGUAAGGUCACGUGGGCGGUCGACGUCUGGCUGGGAUGCGGUUCUGCCUGCGACAUUCUAAUCGCUUGCGUUAUGUGUUAUCUACUGCACACGAGUCGUACUGGAGUGAAGAGAACUAACAAGCUCAUCAACAAGCUCAUGGCGUACGCGGUUCAAACCGGAGCCAUUACAAGUAUUGUCGAGAUCAUAUGCCUUGCUUCGUUCACUGGGGACGGAUUUCACUACGGACACAUUAUGGUCGUCUUUCCCUUGGGCGGCUUAUAUGCCACCUCUCUCCUCGCCAACCUCCUCGCGCGGCAAUCCGUGUCGACCAAUAACGGAGGUCGGAACCUCUUCGAGCUUAGUUCCGGCGCGAGGCCCAGCAACCAGGCGGUGGUGGAGAGCACAAUCAAGUUCUCGCCGUCUCCGUUCGCUACUACGACUACUGUCAUCCACGACGACACCGGCAAGCCGAUUGACCUUGUCUCCCCUCGGCAGACCCACAAUCCGAACUUGUUGAGCAGUGGUGGGAGGAUGACGAGCAGUGACCAGUCAUUCGGAGGCACUACUAUGGCAGACUACGAUGCUGUCUAGGUGUACAACUACAACAACGGCCUCGCCACCUGAAGAUACCCGGCUCGUUCUACAUAGGAACAAUCAGGUGUCAUUGUAUUUUCUCUGUAUUCUUCAAACACGCGUAU